AUGGAUGUCUAUUUGAAAGUAUUAGAAGAGUAUGAUGAAGAAUUAUAUAAUAUUUAUGAUGAGUUAGUCCAGGAUUUUCGGAUUUCAUCAUCAGAAUUUAAUGAUGAAAUAUUAAAUAUCGAUGAAAGGAUCCAGAAGGAAUUUAUUUCAGAGGCAGAAAAUUCAUUAAUGUUUACAAAUGAAAACGAAAUCGAACUUUUGAUGGAAGAAUAUGAAGCAUGCAUUAAUCAUUGUUAUGCUGUAAAGGAAAAAUGA